UGGUUGUCCUGAGCUUGCGUCCUUCACUGAAUAUCGCCAUAACAGCGCUUGUAGACACCGGUCACCGAAUAGGACCCUGUUGUCUUGAGAAAGUCCGGAGUGGAAAUACACCGAAGACGUGAUGAAUGGGACCACACUGGGGGAUUGAGUAGCGGAAGUCCUUUGGUUUGCCGGACGCCCAUCUCCUCGCUUUCCAAUCAUCGUCGGGCGCUCUCACGUUCUGGCAAGUGUGAACAUCUUGGGGCGGACCUCCUGAUGCCCUAUUUGUCUGGCCCACCACGAAGGGGCGUACAGGCACACUCUUAAAAUACCGCCCCCCGCGCCAGGGUCGUUCGAAGCUCCUCCCUUCUACCACGUCUCUGAUACGCUCUGCGAAGAUGCUGCACAAAACGGGGCUCGUUCUGGCGUUCAGUGUUGCCUCUGUCCUUGCAGCGCUGCACCAGGGGCCUACCGCAGAAGUCCUCAACAAGGAUUACGACUUUGUCGUAGUAGGAGCUGGGGCCGGCGGCGGCGUGAUGGCCUCGAGGUUGACGGAGGAUCCUCUUACCCGAGUUCUGCUGAUAGAGGCGGGCGGGAGCGACUUCGAGAAUUUGAAUAUCUCAGUACCUGGACGGUCAUCGACCCUGCCGAUGUCUGCGUUCGAUUGGAACUUCACCACGAUGGCUCAGCCGGGUCUUAACAAUCGGCCUGUCGGGUACCCGAGAGGCUUCGUCCUCGGUGGAUCUACGGCCCUCAAUCAAAUGGUGUUCAGUCGAGGAACUAAAGACGACUACGAUCGCUGGGCGAACGUGACAGGGGAUGAUGGGUGGUCUUUCAAGAAUCUCCUUCCCUUCAUUUUCGCGGUGGACAGAAUGACGGCACCGGUUGAUCACCACAACACAAUCGGCCAGUUCAACCCCGCAAUUCACAAGAAUGGUGUGGUGCCGAUUAGCGUUGAGGGGUUUCCUCUUGAAAUCAACUCCCGGGUGAUCGACACUACUCGCGAGCUCGCUGAACAAUUCCCCUUCAAUCUAGACUACAAUUCGGGGAACACGAUUGGGUUUGGCUGGACGCAGAAUACGAUCCAUGAUGGCCAUCGUGUGACUUCGGCCAGCUCCUACCUAGCCCAGGCUAUCAAUCGCCCAAAUCUGGACGUGGUGGUGAACACUCGUGUUACGAAGGUGGUAUCCGUUGGUCGAGAGCAAGGAAAGCCCGUGUUCCGUGGUGUCGAAAUUGCUCAGAGCGCCGAUGGGCCAGUGCACACUCUGAAGGCAAAGAAGGAGGUCAUAUUGUCCGCUGGAUCCCUGAAGACACCUCACAUAUUGAUGCUUUCUGGUAUAGGCGAUGCUGCACACUUGACUGCUCUGGGCAUCAAACCCGUCGUCAAUCUUCCUGCCGUCGGUCAGAACCUGCAAGACCACGUCUUCUUAGGCAACAGCUGGGUAGCAAACUCGACCAACACGCUCGACGAUCUGCACCGCAAUAGCACUCUUGCAGCAGAGGCUCUUGCGCUCUGGAAGAUCAAUGGUACAGGGCCACUCGGUCUGGGCGCAGCAAGCCAGUUCGGAUGGUUGCGAGUCCCGAACGCGACCGGCUUUUUCCGAUCGCUGGGAGUCGAGGACCCGAGUGCAGGAGAGACGUCUGCGCACUUUGAGCAGAUUCCUACUAACGCGUUUGUAUCGAAGACCGUUCCGCUUCCAGCCGAGGGCCACUUCUUCUCGAUCAUCACAGCGGUGGUGUCCCCAACGGCUCGUGGGAACGUCACAUUGAACUCUACGAACCCCUUCGACGCCCCGCUCAUCAAUCCCAACCUGCUCGGGAGUCCAGUCGAUGUCGCCAUCAUGCGAGAGGCUGUCAAGGCUGCUCGGGCAUUCGUCACUGCCCCUACAUGGUCUGACUACAUCGUCAGCGAGUUCGGCGUAUUUGCCAACGCCACCACGGACGACGAACUGGAGGUGUACAUCCGCAAAAACUCGGAUACCGUGGACCAUCCCGUCGGCACCGUAGCAAUGGGCCAGGGGACGAAUGCGCCCCUCGAUUCACAACUGAGGGUGAAGGGUACGGUCGGUCUACGCGUCGUGGAUGCGUCUGCCUUCCCGUUCAUCCCGUCAGGACAUACGCAGGGCCCAACUUAUAUCUUAGCUGAGCGCGCGGCGCAUCUCGUACGCAGUUCACUGUGAUGCCCGUCCAUCGCGGGCUUUGGAUAUACUAGCCAGCAAAUACAAGCGGGAGCUCGUUCGUCCAGUGAGGCCUGUAAGAGAACCCGUAUCGAUUCGUGUGGCACUUCGAGGCCAGCGGCGCCGGAGGGUACCGAGACGCAGAUGGGGCCCGUCCAUCAGAAUCUCGCACCUGACGUGCGUUCAAGCAUCGAUCCACUCGCCUUAGCCUUCGUCACAAACAUAUGCACGCUAAGUCCUACCACAAAGGGCACUCUGGUCCUUCCUCUCACACCUGUACAAAGGGUGUAACAUGAGUACGCUCAUGUUCGAUGCUGCCGCAGGACUCACACUUGGCAUCGGUCAGCCACUAAGCCUGCAGCCCGGGUAGAGACGAUGUUCACAAAGUGCACGACGUCGUAGAAGUCAGCUUUUGAUCAGAUCGGUCAACCACCAAGGUGACAUGCACGCUCGGGAGCCCGACGUCUGCAUAUGCGCGAUGUCAUAGAACUUUUUCCCUGAUCGGUCACCCGCAGAACCUUCACUCAGGUGAAGUGACUCCGGAGGCGAACAUCUCCCGCGAGCAGCCUAUAAAGAGUAGUGUUUUUCCUCUUUAUUCCCCGUCCGCGGUUUCUCAAUCCUCGACCACAUCUCUAUCACCACAACCUACCGUCGCUAUCUCGCUUUCGUCUUUGCUGUCUUCAACCACAAUGGUAAACUUCAAGUACACUGCCGCCUUCGUCGCCGUCGGCCUCUCGAUCUGCACCGGCGUCGGUGCUGUAGUUGCACCCCGUCCCGCUGAAUGCGUCAGGUCGGGGUUCUCGUCGGUCGUCACCGUGACUUCGACCGUGACUUCGACCGUUACCGCAGCCCCGAGCGGAACCCCAGGCUUGGCCAAGCGUCAGGAAGACACCACCACGAUUACCACGGAAACUGACACGACCACCACGAC